AUGGAGAAGGCAAAGAAGGUAGUUUCCAACUUUCUCUCUCAGGAUGGAAACCACAAGACCACAGUUGAUGAGGACGUUCGAAAGCCCGUCACCGAGGAGCAUGUCUAUCCUGAGCAACACGAAAAAAUUACCACUGCUGUUGAUCGCGAAGUUCACCAAGACCACCAUCAAACUGUGAUCCAGCCCAUCAAGGCCAAAGAAACACUGCCCGAGAAACAUACCCACAAGGCCGUUCCCGUUGAGCACAAAACCGUUGAGCAUGGCAACAAGGAGGAUGUUAAAGCUGCUUUGAAGCGAGAUGCUGCAAACUAUGUGAACAGUUCAACUACCCAUGACACUAAACAGACGGCCACGGCUGCGCCGGUACUUGAAGGAGAGCGUACGCAACACCAUGUUCACCAUCACGUUCAGCCCGUCAUCGAGAAGGAGACUAUCCAGCCAGAGUACGUCCACACUACUGUUCCGAUUCAUGAAACUCAUAAUGCUGCUCCCAUCCAUCACGAGACUACUGUCCUGCCAGAAAAAUCAAUGGAGGAGUACACUGCAGGUCGUGGAGACUUGCAGGCCCAUUCAACUACCAAGGUGAAGGAAUUCCCUGGUUGCCCGACGUUAAAGGAUAAGAAUUUGCAGUCAGAGAAAAAGGGUCAACGGGCUAUUCAUGGACAUUGA